AUGGCCGAUUUUUCAUUCCUUUCUGACAGUGAUGACGAUAAGAAAGUAGAUGAUCUCUUAUCCCAAGUCAUGGAUCACUCUGUUCUUGAACAAGUUUCCGCUAUAAAUUGCUCUGGUUUUACAGACUCUGUUCUUCCAUCUCAGCUUGAAACCAGGUUUAGUAGACUCAAGUCAUUCCCUGCUGCAAAACCCAUGUCUCAGAUUUCCCCAGUGAGGCCUUUUAGUGCUCGGCUCGAGCCCGACUCGAAAAAGAAAAAAUCAGCUCAGGGUGAUCGGUCUUCUGUGAAUGAGAUGGGCUUGGAUGAAACUCGAGAGAAGGAUUUGAAGUCGAAAUCACAGCAUGGGGUUUUGGAUUUUGAUGAGGAAGUGUCGGAUUUUUCGAUAGAGAGUGAUGGUUGGGUAGAGAAAAAAGAUGGGGAGUUGAGUGAGAGGUUGAAGGUGAGGACUAGGUCGUUUCGAUCACCUCUGGAUUCGAGGAGUUCUUCGGGGGGUUCUCCGUCGCCUCCGAAGGGAAUUGGUUGUUUUUGGUGUUCUCCGAAAAGGGUUUUGAGUAGGAAGAGUAAAGAGUGGAGGGCUGAUCAUGAUCGGGGCAAGAAUGAGGAGUUUUUGAUGGAUAUGAGUGAUUUUUCGACUAAAGGGCAGGAAAAAUUGUUGAAGAAACUGAUGAAGGAAGAAGAGAAAAUUAAUCGGGAGGCUGCGAAGAUUGUGAAAUUGGUAAAACAAGCGUCUGCGAGGAUGGAGAUUUCGGAAGAUGAGCUAAGUGAUGAUGAGAGAACAAAGUGA